UCUGUCCCCCCCCAAAAAAACCCACAAUGAGUCUUUACGGCUCUUCUCCUCUGAAUAUCGCGUGAAUUUGUCACUUUUUUCCCCUUAUUUUUCUCUCCACCGAGCGGAACGACGGACGUUGCCGUCGGCGUCAUGUAGCGCCGAGCUCCGCGCUCCAGACUUCGGGAAACACACGUCGGCUGCUGGUGGUGCUGGUGGUUCUGGUGCUGGUGGGGGGGGGGGGGUCGUCUGUGAAUUGUCGAAGAGAUGCCUCAGUAGUUUCGACCCGCGACACUCACCGAGCUCUCGUCAAGCAGUUGGAAGGAAAAAUCAAACGACCAAACCACCACGCUCUACAAUGACGGUGAGAGGCGUGUUGCUUUUGGCUUUGAUCGCCCUGGUCCUUCCCUGUUCAAGCUUGGAAGGUGAUGUCGGCGGGAGAAACACUGAAUGCUCGUGUGACGGGGGGUCCUGCGGCCGUGGGGACAGGUGUUUCGGCCAGCAGUGCUUCACCUCCCUCGCCGUACAGAACGGGACGUCGGCCCUUCGGAAGGGCUGCAUUGUGGGUAAUGAGGACAGGUCCUCGCGAUGCGAAAGCCCGCCGACUCCCGAGCUGGUAGUAGAGUGCUGCUUUGGGGAUUUGUGCAACAUGAACGUCUCCCUGCAGUUGCCGGUGAAAGAUAUAGACCCGUCUGCUGGCAGACCGGUCCUCAGAGACCAGCAGUGCAUGUGCGAGGGCGGCGUGUGCGAGCGAGACCAUCGCUGUGCCGGCCAGCAGUGCUUCUCCUCUCUGAGGCUGAUUGACGGGGUGGCCGUCCAACAGAAGGGCUGCCUGAGGGACGACGAGGAGGGCAGAGUCACCUGCGCCAUGCCGGCCCAUGUCAUCAAGUGCUGCCAGGGCCAUCUGUGCAACAUGAACGUCACUGUGCAGACUCCGGGGAAAGUGGAGGAAGUAAAGCCCCCGACCAAGGAGGAGCAUGACUGUGUAUGUGAGGGCAGCUCCUGUGACAAAGAGAAACGCUGCAAGGGCCACCAGUGUUUCUCCUCCCUGACGCUCAGCGCCGGCUCCCUGGUCUACCAGAAAGGCUGCUUCAAGGUCUACGAGCAGAGCACGCUGACCUGCAAGACCCCACCUUCCAGGGACCAGAUUGUGGAGUGCUGCCACGGGCACCUGUGCAACCUGAACAGCACCGUGGCGCUACCCGUCGCAGCCGCCGAGCUAUCCAGCUACAGUGUGACCACACUGGCUGUCGUCAUCGUGGCGCCCGUCAUCAUCCUCAUCGUCCUCUCCGCCGUCGCGAUCCUCGUGUUCAGGCGCAUCCACAACAACCAAAUGGAGAGACUGACGUUGCGAGACGCAGAAUAUGGAACCAUCGACGGCCUUAUAGCCUCCAACGUGGGAGAGAGCACUCUGGCGGAUCUCCUUGAUCAUUCCUGCACUUCAGGAAGCGGCUCGGGACUCCCUUUCCUCGUUCAGAGAACUGUUGCACGACAAAUCACGCUCAACGAGUGUGUAGGUAAGGGCCGUUACGGUGAAGUGUGGAGGGGUCAGUGGCAGGGAGAGAGUGUCGCCGUCAAAAUCUUCUCCUCCAGAGACGAGAAGUCCUGGUUCAGAGAGACUGAGAUCUACAACACCGUGCUGCUGAGGCAUGAGAACAUCCUGGGCUUCAUAGCUUCGGACAUGACCUCGAGGAACUCCAGCACUCAGUUGUGGCUGAUCACACACUUCCAUGAGAUGGGCUCCCUGUACGACUACCUUCAACUCAGCACCCUGGACGCAGCCGGCUGCCUCCGCAUGGCGCUUUCCAUCGCGAGCGGCCUGGCGCACCUCCAUGUGGAGAUCUUCGGCACUCAGGGCAAGCCGGCCAUUGCCCACCGGGACCUCAAGAGCAAAAACAUAUUGGUGCAAAAGAACGGACAUUGCUGCAUUGCUGACCUCGGUCUGGCCGUGAUGCAUUUUCAAGACACCAACGAGCUGGAUGUGGGGAACAACCCCAAAGUGGGCACCAAGCGCUACAUGGCCCCCGAGGUGCUGGACGACUCCAUCCAGAUGGAUUGCUUCGAGUCCUUCAAGAGGGUGGACAUCUGGGCCCUGGGCCUCGUCCUGUGGGAGAUCGCCAGGAGGACAGUCAGCAAUGGCAUCGUGGAGGACUACAAGCCACCUUUUCACGACGUGGUCCCAAGCGAUCCCAGUUUUGAGGAUAUGAAGAAGGUUGUGUGUGUGGAUCAGCAGAGGCCCAACAUCCCAAACAGAUGGUUUUCAGACCCUACAUUGACCUCCAUGGCUAAACUCAUGAAGGAGUGCUGGUACCAGAAUCCGUCUGCCAGACUCACAGCGUUGCGCAUCAAAAAGACUCUCACGAAGAUCGACAACUCUCUGGACAAAAUCAAGACAGACAUUUGAGUCUGCUUCUAGAAGAAGAGACGGACCUACUGACAUCCGUUUGGAGGGGGGUUAAAGAAUUCUCACAAGACAAAAGACUUGAUUGGUUUGGUGCCCUUAUAGUGGCACAAACCUAUAUUUAUUUGAAAACACUUGGCGGGAAACAUUUUGGCAUCCAAAGAUGGCCUACCGGGCAUUUCUGAGACUGCCAGUGGUCACGGAAAGAGGGAAAUGUAUAUUAAAUGUAUGACAUAGGAGCUGGACUGUUUGCAAUGUUAUUCAAGAGAGAAACUGUUACCUGAGCAUUUUAUUUGAGUUUUUUUUGUUACAACCACAGAUUUUGUGGCAUGUUUUUUUUUUUUUUUUUGAUUUGAAAAACAAUUUCACUUCAUCUCCAUAAUUGUGCCAUAUGGGCCAUUUGUGAUACAGUGGAUCCAUUUGUAAAAGAGAUCAUCAGCGAUCGCAGCGAGCAGGGUUAUGUUUAACUUUGUGCGUCACGCACCUCUGUUUACGACGCUAUCAGAACUGGUUUCUUGGGAUCUCAACAAUCCCGCGUCGGUUGGUUGUACAGCUGCAUCAACAGCACGGUUUUAUUCCUGCUACAGCGUCCAGCUGAGGGUACUCAGUUACAUCAUCAUGGAUUUUUACAUAGAAUUGACCUGUAGCUGUUGUAUGUUUUUGUUUCUUGAGCUUUACAGAGACAAAAUGCUUAAGGAACAAAUAAAAUAUGGGCUAGAUGCUGAACUCGGAGGCCUGUAAGUUAACCCUGUAUACUGUCUUACCGCGUGCUUGUUGUCUUAAUUUGUGCAUUGUCAAGUAAAUUAAGUCAAACUUCAGCCUUUUUAAAAUGUCUUUAACAUGUUGUGUUAAUUAGUGAUUUAUAUUAAUUAAAUACAAAGAAAGUGUUUCA